GAGGAGCUGCCGCUGCCCCUGGAGCACUUCCUGCAGAGGAUGGCCCGGAGACCCCGGCCCCAGCAGUUCUUCGGCCUCAUGGGCAAGCGGGAUGCCGGAUAUGGCCAGAUCUCUCACAAAAGAUCCUCUGAAAGGAGCAUAGCACAGAAUUAUGAACGGAGGCGUAAAUGAGACAUUCCCGUGCAUUAUUUAUUAAACUUCAUUUGUUCCAAUGGCCAACGCAGUGUAAUAUAAACUAACCACUGUACGGAAUAAUUAUUUAUUUAAUAAUAACCAACGGGUUGGGGUUUUUUUGAGUUGUACAUUCAAUAAAAUGAUUAUUUUUCAUAUUGUGGCAAUGAUACGUGUUGUGUAGGUAUGUUGUGGUUCUGAAAGGACCAGCAACCCUGGUGACGUCUCACAACAAAGCACAUCGUUUGAUAUGACCUGUAAAGUUAUGUUCACUAGGCAAUGAAAAUCUUUUGUUCAUUGAAAGCGAGUCUAUCAGCUUCACAGACAAUGCAGAACAGAGCUGAUGUACAGUCUAGUGCCUCAAUUUGUUUUCAUGGUUUAUAAUGUACUGUAAUUUCUGUAUCGAAAAAUAUAUUUGUAUCAUUGCAGCAUGUUUUAUGUUUUGUGACUACGUAUCUAUAUAUUUUAAACAGGUGGGGUGGGUAAGGUUUGAAUGGGAAUUUGAGGUCUUAAUUUCAUAGUCUGGAAUUUUCUGAUAGUAACAUUUUAAAUAAAAAGUACUCUGGGGAUUUUGCAACAUA